AUGCCUUCAAUAGCCCCAUUCCUGCGCACAACGCCGCUCUUCACGAUAUCUCUCAUCUUGCGUCUGGGUCUUCUCUUCUACGGUAUAUACCAAGAUGCCAACUCAGCUCUAAAAUACACGGACAUUGACUAUCUCGUCUUCACCGACGCUUCGCGCUUCGUCGCAGAGGGUCAAUCACCGUACGCCCGUGACACAUACCGUUACACGCCUCUUCUCGCCUGGCUGCUCCUCCCAACCGUCCACUUUCCCGCCUUUGGAAAGCUUGUCUUUGCUGCGGCGGAUCUGCUCGCAGGAUGGCUCAUUCUGCGCGUGCUCAGAAGACGGGGCAUGGAUGAGGCUACGGCUGGAGGAUUCUCUGCUUUAUGGUUGUGGAACCCGAUGGUUGCGACUAUCAGCACUCGAGGAAGCUCAGAGGGUUUGUUGGGUGUUUUGACGAUGGGUUUGCUGUGGGCUGUUGAGAGACGAAAGCUCAGCCUUGCAGCUAUCAUUCUAGGAGUGUCGGUUCACUUCAAGAUUUACCCUUUCAUCUAUGCGCCAGCGAUCAUUUGGUGGAUGGACGAUGCACGUUUGGGCAAGGAGACGAAACCUGCCCGUCAGCCUUCAUCGUUUAAAGAAACAGUCUCAAACUUCUUCACACCGGACCGUCUCAAGUUUGGCCUUCUCAGUCUCAUCACCUUCAUGAUCCUCAACCUCAUCAUGUUCGCCAUCUAUGAGACUCCCUUCCUUGUUCACACUUACUUCCACCACGUUACAAGGAUUGAUCAUCGUCACAACUUCUCGCCUUACAAUGUCUUGCUGUAUCUUACUUCCGCAACACCCGCUCACGCUGCGCCUUCGUUCCGCAUCGAAUCGUUUGCUUUCUUCCCUCAACUCCUUCUCUCAUGUGUCCUCAUCCCUCUCGCUCUUGCCAAGCGCGAUCUUGCAACAUCCAUGAUGGCUCAGACGUUUGCUUUUGUAACAUUCAACAAGGUCUGCACUUCUCAGUACUUCCUGUGGUACAUGAUUUUCCUGCCAAUCUAUCUCCCAAACUCGUCAUUCUUACGAAAUGGAAAACUCGGCAUCUCUGCUCUGUUGCUCUGGAUUGUUUCUCAGGGAGCUUGGUUGCAACAAGGAUAUGAGCUCGAGUUUCUGGGCAUUAGCACGUUCUAUCCCGGUCUUUGGCUUGCCUCGCUUGGCUUUUUCCUUGUCAACUGUUGGAUCUUGGGUGUCAUCAUCAGCGAUGGUGCCAGUCAGUCGACUAGAUCAACUGUCAAGUUCCACGUUGAGUAG